GGACAACCGUCUAGGAGGUUCUGUACGUGGCAGCGACCAAAACCCCUCUCUGUCCUGUUCGUAACCCCGUCAACAAGUCAAACAGUGUCCUCAUACCAAAGUGUGACGUUACUCUUUAAAACCCAAGAGAAUAAAGGUUAUUGAGAAGGACAAUGAGGAAGUUCCUGUUUUUCAUCUCGUGGGCUCUGCUCUGCUGCUGCUGGACCACACAGGCAGAGAUCUUCACCUCUAUAGGCCAAAUGACAGACCUGAUCUACACAGAAAAGGAGCUGGUCCAGUCUCUGAGGGAAUACAUAAAAGCAGAGGAGUCCAAGCUUGCUGCAGUCAAAAGCUGGGCCAGUAAACUGGAUGCUCUGACCAGAGUGUCCACCUCCGAUCCGGAGGGCUACCUCGCUCACCCAGUAAAUGCCUACAAACUGAUGAAGAGACUCAACACAGAGUGGUCUGAAGUGGAGAGCCUGGUGCUUCAGAACCCCUCCGAUGGUUUCAUUUCCAACAUGUCCAUACACAGACAGUACUUCCCAGAUGAGGAGGAUGAGACGGGUGCAGCCAAAGCGUUGAUGCGUCUUCAGGACACGUACCAACUGGAUUCUGAGGCUUUCUCAAGAGGAAAGCUGCCAGGUAUACACUCCAAUGCCAUGCUGACCGUGGAUGACUGCUUCGACAUGGGGAAGACGGCUUACAAUGACGCAGACUAUUAUCAUGCUGUGCUAUGGAUGCAGCAGUCCUUGAAGCAGCUGGAUGCCGGAGAGGAAGCUGUGGUUUCCAAGGCGGAAAUUUUGGACUACCUCAGCUACUCGGUUUACCAAAUGGGAGACCUUCCUCGAGCCAUAGAGCUGACACGCCGGCUGGUGGCUAUUGACCCCAGCCACCAGAGGGCAGGAGGAAACCUCCGUUAUUUUGAGCGGUUAUUGUCCAAGCAACUCAAUGAGCUGAACCAGGCUUACCAGCCUGCCUCUGAGGAGCCCAUCCAGCUGGGAACCUACAGCAGGCCUAAAGACCAUCUCCCAGAGAGAGAGGCCUACGAGGCCCUCUGCAGAGGAGAGGGGAUUCAAAUGAACGAAGUGAGGCGCAGCCGGUUGUUCUGUCGCUACCAGGAUGGUAACAGGAACCCUCGUCUCCUGCUGAAGCCCAUGAAGGAAGAGGAUGAGUGGGACAGCCCCCACAUUGUACGAUACCUGGAUAUACUGUCACAUGGGGAGAUCGAGAAGAUUAAGGAGCUGGCUAAACCCAGGCUUGCCAGAGCCACUGUCCGUGAUCCCAAAACAGGCGUCCUGACCACAGCCAACUACAGAGUAUCAAAAAGUGCUUGGUUGGAAGAAGAGGACGACCCCGUCAUUGCCAGAGUCAAUCAGAGAAUAGAAGACAUCACAGGCCUUACAGUCGACACUGCAGAGUUGCUUCAGGUUGCUAACUAUGGAGUUGGAGGACAGUACGAGCCACAUUAUGACUUCUCCAGGCGUCCUUUUGACAGCAACCUCAAGGUUGAUGGAAAUAGACUUGCUACCUUCCUAAACUACAAAGAUGAGCCUGAUGCUUUCAAAAGAUUAGGCACUGGAAAUCGUGUGGCUACUUUUUUGAACUACAUGAGUGAUGUUGAGGCGGGAGGUGCCACGGUCUUCCCUGACUUUGGAGCAGCAAUCUGGCCUAGAAAGGGGACGGCAGUGUUCUGGUAUAAUCUGUUCAGGAGCGGGGAGGGAGACUAUAGGACCAGGCAUGCAGCUUGUCCUGUCUUAGUAGGAAGUAAAUGGGUAUCAAACAAGUGGAUUCACGAGCGAGGACAAGAGUUCAGGAGACCCUGUGGCCUGACAGAAGUGGACUGAAGUUUGACCCACAAAAAAGGAACAUGCUAAACACACUCACACACAUACACAUACAUGCAAGUGUUUCCUCAUCUUGCCCGCACGAUUAACAAAUGCUUUAUGAUGAAAUUAUGACACUGGUAUGGGAGGUCUGGAUAGAGAAAAUAAAUAUAAAAGAUGUGGAGCUCAGGUUUCUGUCAUGCAUCCGCACACCACCUCACUCGAUUAAAUAAGUGAAUUAAGUCAAGAAUUCCAUUUAAAAUAUGCGUACCUUUUCUUAAAAAAAGAACGCCUAUCAGUUCAACCUUGUUUUUUUCUGUAUACACACAUUUUAUAGUCAUUAAAAUUCACCUCCAGAAUUCAGUCAGUGGUAGAUCCACUGCCAAAUCUUCCCAUUGAUACUAAAAACUAAUACUUGUGUCGUUUGGAUCUCAGGUGUCCUACAGUUUGUCCCUCAGAAAGCAACUUUUAACUUUUCAAAGUUUAAGCAUUAGCAUUAGUGGUUAUACAGUAAAGCUUGUAGAAACUGUGCUAAUAUCUUUGCUGUUUAAACACCAAAAGACAGAGGAUCGUGUGACCUUGCCAAAGAGUGUCAGAGCAGGUUUUUAAAUUCUACAAUUGCAUAUUUCAUAAAGAGAAGGGGAAAAACAUUUAACAUUUUUGAAAAAGUUGUAGUUUAAUUAAUAAUGAAAACUGUGUUUUUGGUAAUGUACUUUUUAAACCCAGUUGUGGACUUUGUACUACAUUCACUUAUUACAGAUUACACCCGAGUUAACCAUUACCUGUUCUAUGUAAUUUUAUGGUAUGAAAACAUUUUCAAGUUGUUUUGCAACUUUCUGAGUAGAACUGAAAACCUGUUCAUACAUUUUUGGCUGGCAACUAUCAGAAAUAUCACUUUGGAUCCAAAAUAAAUCUAUGGGCUGAUAUUGGCUCCAUAUAGAGGGUCAUUUGGGAAGCAGUCUAAGAAAAACAACUUCUCUCUGUUGGUUAUUUUAAACAAAAAUUAAAGAUUUUGAGCAAAUAUUAGGAAUGUCACAGGAAUGCCAUUCAAACGGGUUUAUGAUGUGGCCACACCUCUUGAACUUUUUGCUGCUCAGCAUGCAGCCCUGGGUCUUAUAGCAGUUACACAAAGGAAUGUCUCUAGUAAAGCAUGUUAAUGUAUUUUAGACACAAACUGGCGUUAAUACUGUAUCUUCAUUGCUAACAGCCUUAUUUUGUGAUUAAAAUGACACCAGUUUCCUUUCAUUUUCGUCAUUAUCAUUUGCAUCCAAAGUGUUUUCCCGGUUAGACCAGAGAGAUAAAUACAGUUCCUCCAAAUCAUCUCCAGGACAUUUUUAUUUAUGUAGUAUUUAAAUUAUUACACUGUUGUUACACUGUGUGCUCCUUCUACAAGAUGGAAAACAAGCAAGUCAAUAAACAGUGUCUUUUA